AUGGAGGAAGUGACGAAAAAGCAGUUUGGAAGUAAAAGCUUUCGAGUGGCCUUAGAGGACGGGGUCCUUCUGUGCGAUCUAAUCAACACAUUGAAGCCAGGCAUCAUCAAACGAGUGAACAGACUCUCCACUCCCAUCGCAGGCUUGGACAACGUGAAUGUGUUUCUCAGGGCUUGUGAGAAACUAGGGCUUAAUGAGGCACAGCUCUUCCAUCCUGGAGACCUGCAAGAUGUGUCCACACGUGUGACUGUCAGACGUGAAGAGACAAGCAGGAGACUGAAAAAUGUUUUGAUAACUAUAUACUGGUUGGGGAGGAAGGCCCAGUCUGAUCCGUUUUACACUGGACCACAGCUGAAUCUAAAAGCCUUUGAAGGUUUGCUGGGCACAGCAUUAUCUAAGGCUCUGGAGGAGUCUGUGCAGUCUAAGUCAAGUGUGAGGGACAGUGGGUACGCGGAGGGCUGGUUUUCUGACAGGGAAGAUCUGUUCAGUCUGAAGCAGUCGGGCUACAGAAGGGAGGACUCAGUCGAGAGCCUGGACUCAGUGGAGUCUCGCACACUCAGUGUGGCUUCAGACUGCACACUUAGAGCCGACAGUGAAGGUUGCGGUAGUGACGCAGAAGCGGAACAUUGCUUCAGGAUGGCAGAAGGCAGUAAAAGUGAUGCCCCAAUCAGAGAAAGAGUGCAUGUCCCAUCUGCCCUGAGGAAGAAAAGGCAGGAAUACCAGCAGGGAGACAGGAGUUAUGAAGGCAACCUCACUAGUGAAAGUGGGAGGGGCUUAUACCGUGACCUCCCUCCUGCUUCUGCCUUCCUCCAAUGGGCAAGAAGUUACCAGAGUGACAGUGACUCUGACGCGGAUCGCCCUGAACCAGACCUUGUGCAGGACGACCUAGCGAGUCGCAGAUUUCGCUCUGUAACCUCCGUGGCCCCUGUGAACUUUGCGAUCCCUUCAAAGCCUCUAGGCCCUAAGGUGGCCUCUAUGGUGACCCCAAGUGCUAGGAAGUCAUGGCUGACCUUGUCAGAUGCCUCACGACUGGCCGUAGUGCCACCCCAGAGAUCAAACCAGAGAGUGUUAUCCAUUCCCUCUGAAAAUGGACGGACAGACUUUGAAUUAGCCACUUUGGAGGAGGAGUUUCUUCAGCGAGCCCUAAACAAUGGCACGAGUGACUCUGAUGAGGACAGAAGAUAUGCCGAUCCUGUGUUGGAUGACCUUUACACCCGUCGUGUGCUCGUCUCGGAGCAUCAGACCUCCGUCAAUGCCGAUUCAGACAAGUUCCUGCCCAAAUAUUGGACACCUGAGGAAGAUCUACAUGUGAAAAAGAUCAGGAUAGGGUCCCAGCGCAGGCCAUGGUAUAAGAAGAUGCAGGGCUUCAGAAGCAAAUCUAUGGGUGACAUCACACUGGAGCCCAUUCCACAGGAAUCUAACAACUGCUCCAGCUUUGACCCGCUGGGGUCACGCCAUGUUCACCUGAGGUCUGUUGGAGAGGUGACCCUUGAACCCUCAGCCAUACAGAGGGUUCAGCGGGAACAAUUACAAAGCAUCCGGGACAGAAUAAAGGAAAGUGAAGCCAAGUGGCACGAAGAUCUGAACAGGUGGAAGAGCCAGCGGCGUAGUGCAAACUUUGACCUCCACAGGAAGCGUGAGGAGAGGGAGCAGAUUAAACUUAUUACCAAUGGGGGAGGGACCAGUGCCAUCAGGACUGCACAGCUCACCGGGGUGCCAGAGGAGAGCUCCAAAAUGCCUGGACCCAUGAGUGAUGCGGGCUCCAGUGUCAGCAGUACUGGGUGGUCCACCACCUUGGCUUCACCCCUCACAAACGGGACAUCUCCUGCUCUGACCAAAGGCACUGGUGCAGAGACGACUGACUCAGCUGGUGAAUUCUUCACCCCUCCAGCAGCUGUUGUCUCUGAACCGAGUUCACUGACCAGCCUGGCUACCAGGGAUCCAGAACCCUAUGAGCAGCAGGGUCCAGACUUCAGCCACCGCACAAUCCUCCUGGAGAGCUUUUAUGCAGGGGGAGCACGCAUAUCUGCCACUCUACCCAGAGGUUUCAGAAGGUCAGAAGGUUCCUCACGCCUCUCCACGGGUGUCACACCACGUCCAUUUGGAACCAAACCCUCCAAAGUGUCCUCACUGCCAAGAGCAUAUUCCAUGGAUGACUCUCAUAAAAGCCUGAUCAGUGGAAACGGAGAUAAUUCAAUCAUCCCCUCUUUCCUCAGCGGUCAAGGAAAGGUCAAAGCCUCUGUUGACACGGUCCACUCUCGUUCAAGCACUCAUCCAAUCAACCCUAAGAAGGAAGAAGAAGAGAGAAGAGAUGGACGGUCAUCAGCACCUCCCAUUAACUGUUUUGUCACUGAAGUGACAAUGGCUGCCUCUAAUAUUCAAACAAAAUCUCCUGUUGUUGCCGAAAUCAGGGACAUUAAGGAGUGUUUUUGUGCAUGUAUCGCCAAGUAUGCUUCUGUUCACCCACACUGUGUCAUUCUCAGGAUUCUGGAGCACAUUUUUGACCUGCUUCACACAGGCAGCCCAGCAGAGUCGUGUGGUCUGCUGAUGGGUGAUGAGAUCGUGGCGCUGGGUGGAUGCAGGGUGGCUGAAAUGAAUUAUGAGCAGUUUAAGGGCAGUAUAGACACAGCACAGCAAAAGGGCACUUUACUGAUGGACAUCCUAAGACACGGCCAGAAUGACUGGGGCAGUGACCACCCUUCCCUACCGUACAAGAGCCAUAAGACCAUCAAUUUGACCAGUGCCAAUUCAACACUUAUAGGGCGGCCCGAGCACUAUGUCUCAAUCAGCACAACCUCUCCAGUGGAGACCGUGGGGAAGACACAGGUCAACGGACAGCCUGCUAAUGGAGUGCUAUCAAAAAGGGUGAAUGGAUGUAUCCAGGACAAUCCAGUUGCUCUAAGAAACAAAGGUGGCUCAGAGUCUGCCAUCUCUGAUCUGCAGGUUCCCUCCAUCAGUACCAGCUCGUCCUGCUGGUCAUGGGAUCAUGAAGAGGAGAGGAGGCGGCAAGAGAAAUGGCAGAUGGAACAAGAGCGCCUCCUGCAGGAGAAGUAUCGGCGUGAUCAGGAGAAGUUAGAGGAGGAGUGGAGGAGAGCUCAGCAGGAGGUCUAUGGAGAGGAGCACAGUGGUACUGAGGAGCAGAAAUGUCCUGAUGUGCUGUCCAAUGGAAAUACCACUAAUAUUCCACCUUCCCCCUUCAACCAAUUCAUUGCUACCACUUCAGUGGCAUCCAAUCAGAAUGCAGAGAAGGUGGUAGAAACACAGAACAGACAGACCGAUGUGCAAACAGCAGCAAGACAGCAGUCACUAAAGGCAGACGUGGAGUGUGAUUCAUCCACUAAGAGUCAGUGCUCAGAGGAGUCCUACGGGUUUGCCAAGCUUACAGUUUCUGACAGGACAAAGUCAAAAUCUACUCCUGCACUUCAAGGCCUUCACAAACAAGAUGCUAAAGGAAGCGGUAAAAAGAAGGGACAGCUGUCGCAGGCAGAGAAGGAACGUCUGCAGAUCCUGGAGGAGAUGAGGAAGAAGACGCAGCUCCUCACUGACAACAGUUGGAUCCGUCAGUGCAAUGCCAGCAUCAACAAAGAGCCCAUCACUGUGGGAACAUCUGUCAGGAGAUAUGAAUCUCUGGACAACCUCCACACAACCAGCUCCUGGUCCAGGCAGUCCUACACUUCAAGUAUCGCAAACAGGCCUCAUUCUUCUUUGGGAAACACUGGUACUUACAGGAGCGGACGCAGCAGCCUGAGCCCUAGUUCAGCCAUCUUCUCUACUGGUCUUAAGCAAAGCUCCAGUUUUCCCCCUCCACCAAUCACAACUACACCUGAGCCGUCAGGCCCUGAGUCCUGUCCAAACUCUCAGCAGCGUGGCAGGCUGGUCAGUGGCAGGUGGAUGUGCUCGAGGUGCGAGCAGCCUCUGGGGAAGGGAGCUGCCAUGGUCAUCGGUUCCCUGGAGCUCUGCUUUCACAUUGGUUGCUUCAAGUGUGUCAGCUGCAGGACUGACCUUGGGAGAGGGGCUGAGUCCGGCGCUCAGGUCAGAGUCCGACACAGACAGCUCUUCUGUAACAGCUGCUACAGCAGAAUCAGAGAAAUCACAUAG